CCUUUCGCAGUUGAACAAUCGUGGACAAAGUCCAUGUGGUCGUUUCUAUCCCGCUCAACCGAUUGUCUCAAGGUCGAGGCUCUUCCCUCCCGAGUAUCUCUGCCUUUGGGUGCCGAUCAGCAGAAUUGUGCCGCACCAAGUCGCAUAUAGUUGGAUGAAGGUUUUCUUCGAAGUUAGUUUCAUUUAUCGGCUCGUUAGCACACUUCAAUCUCACCCAGUGAAAUCUGAAUGAACAAUGGCAAGCUAUCAUAAGCCGGAGUCAAAAACUAUCCAAGAACUGAAGGAUAUCGCCACGAAGCUAAGAAUUGAUUCGGUCCGGGCGACCCAGGUAACUAAAAGCGGACAUCCAACAUCAUGCUCGUCGAUGGCAGAGAUCAUGUCUGUCCUCUUCUUCCACACAAUGCGCUACAAGGUCUCUGCUCCUCGUGAUAUCAACAACGAUAGAUUUGUUUUAAGCAAAGGGCAUGCUGCACCGAUUUUGUACGCUGCUUGGGCAGAGGCAGGUUUGUUUCCUACAAGUGAACUUUUGAAUCUCCGAAAAUUCAACAAUGACCUAGAGGGACAUCCGACUCCUAGAUUGAACUUUGUUGACGUUGGAACUGGGUCUCUUGGACAAGGGCUCUCUGUCGCUGCUGGCAUGGCUUACGUUGGCAAGAAUUUCGACAAGGCUAGCUACAGGGUGUACGUCCUGGUUGGAGAUGGCGAAUCUGCUGAAGGAUCGAUUUGGGAGGCACUGCACUUCGCUUCUUACUAUCGGCUAGACAAUCUUUGUGUAAUAUUUGAUAUCAACCGUUUGGGUCAAACGCAAGCGACUUCUCUCGAGCAUAACAUGGAGGUUUAUCGUGUGCGUUUAGAAGCUUUUGGGUUCAACGCUCUGGUAGUCGAUGGCCACGACGUCGAGGAACUGGCUAAAGCAUUCCAUGAAGCACAAAAUACACAAGGCCGUCCAACUGCAAUUUUGGCGAAGACUUUUAAGGGUCGAAACUUCCCCAACAUCGAAGAUCAAGUCAAUUGGCAUGGAAAAGCUCUGGGAACCAAUGGCGAUGCUGUAAUUCAGCAUCUAACUUCAUUACUGAAAAAUCCUGGUCCACUCGCUCUGCAUCCACAAAAACCCCUCGUUGCAGAUGCAUCAGUCGUCGACAUUAGUAACAUAAAAUUGAACUCACCACCUAACUAUAAAUUGGGUGAAAAGAUUGCGACACGUCUUGCUUAUGGAAACGGCCUUGCCAAGAUUGCAGCGAACAAUUCUCAUGUGGUUGCCCUGGAUGGUGACAUGAGGACAUCAACCUUUUCAGAUAAAAUCAGGACGGUCGAUCCGUCGAGAUACAUCGAGUGUUUUAUUGCUGAACAGAACUUGGUUGGAGUGGGAAUUGGCAUGGCGUGCCGUGAUCGUACUGUUGCCUUUGUGUCAACGUUUGCCACCUUCUUGACACGUGCCUAUGAUCAAAUUCGUAUGGGUGCCAUAUCGCAAACAAACGUAAACUUUGUCGGCUCCCAUGCCGGAUGUUCAAUCGGUGAGGACGGACCUUCGCAGAUGGGUCUAGAAGACUUAGCCAUGUUCCGGGCGAUACCUGGCGCUACUAUUUUCUACCCAUCUGAUGCCGUUUCAACGGAACGUGCGGUAGAAUUGGCUGCGAACACGAAAGGCAUCUGUUUCAUCCGAACUUCACGUCCAGAAACACCUGUCAUUUAUAAGAACGACGAGGUACUAGCAAUUGGCAAAGCCCAUGUUAUCAAAUCUUCAAGCAAAGAUCAAGUUCUGAUUAUUGGUGCCGCGGUUACGCUAGUCGAAGCUCUUGCAGCUGCCGAUGAACUUGCCAAGAGUGGAAUCAACGUGCGUGUCAUGGAUCCGUUCACAAUAAAGCCGAUUGAUGCUGCCGCGAUAAUCAAAAAUGCUAGCCAAGUUGGCGGUAGAAUUAUCACCGUUGAAGAUCAUUAUCCAGAGGGCGGUUUGGGCGAUGCAGUACUCUCUGCCGUUGCUGGUGUGCGAGAUAUAAUUGUGAAAAAGCUUGCUGUACCAGUUGUGCCUCGCUCUGGACCAACAGCUGUUCUGCUCGAUGCAUAUGGUAUCAGUGCUCGAAGCAUUGUGACGGCUGUUCAUGAAAUAUUGAAACUCUGAAUAUCUGUUCCUAACGCUGAGAAAGUUUAGUGCGAAGAGAAGUUUCUGCACUAACAGAAGAAUGUUUUCUUUCUUCCAAUUACUUUCAGACCUGGAUAACUCGAGCUUGGUAGGGGGAUUCACUAAAUAAAAACUCUAAUUGACAGAGCCUGAAGACAAAUACGGACCAAUAAUAACUUUUACACACAGAAAGUGUUUUAGCCACAAUAUUCUGCAUCAGUCUGCCCUACUUUUUCAAAACAUGUACAAUGCGUAAUAUAAAUCUAACAAAUAAUGUACAAAUACCCCCGAGUCUAAGCUCAAUUCCGUUGUGCAAUAACUUUCUUAAAUUUUGCAAUAUUGCCAAUUUUUCCAAAAAUUUACUCUAUGUUUAAAACAAACGUUCCAGUGAUAAUAACUAAUACAGUAGUUUAAUAGAAAUAAUUGUUAUUGGAUGCAUAAGUUGAAUGGUUGGUUAUUUUUAUAAACUUGUUUAUAAUUUCCCUUCCUGUUUUUCUAACCACCGACCUGUUCUUCAACCAAAAACAGCGUAUGUGAAAAGGAAAUAAAGUGUUCAAAGACCAUU